CCACUUCCCGCUCCAAUUCGAAGUUCAAACACACUCUACUCCAAGCUCGGCUAUCUGAGCAGAGGCUCGGACAUGACCAAGAAGCUCACCUCCGCCAUGGCCGGGAAGCAGGAUUUUCGCAAGGCGCAAUUCGACGAUCAGGGUAUUCAAGGAGGCGGCAAGAAGAGCGCGGCGGGGCUCGGGGGCAGCAGGCUGAUCUCCCACGAGCAGGAGGACGCCAUCAUCGUCGCGGCGCUGCGGCACGUGGUGUCCGGGUACAGCACGCCGCCGCCGGAGGUCGUCACGGUGGCGGGCGGCGAGGCGUGCAGGGUCUGCGGCAUCGACGGGUGCCUCGGGUGCGACUUGUUCUUCGGGGCGCCCGCGGAGGUGGCGAGUUCUUCUGGCGCGGGGCGGGUGGCGGCGCCGGCGGCAGGAGGGGAGCAGCAGCAGCAGAGGCCGCGGCGGCGGAGGAAGAGGAACAUGUACCGCGGCGUGCGGCAGCGGCCGUGGGGCAAGUGGGCGGCAGAGAUCCGCGACCCGCGGCGCGCGGCGCGCGUGUGGCUGGGCACGUUCGACACCGCGGAGGCGGCCGCCAGGGCCUACGACUCCGCCGCGCUCGAGUUCCGCGGCCCGCGCGCCAGGCUCAACUUCCCGGCCCGCGGCGCCGCCGCCGCCGCCUGUGCCCCCGCCGCCGCGGCGGGGGCUGCGGAGACGGCGACGCCGGGGGAGUCGCUGUCGGACGGAGCGGGGGACGAGAUGCUGUGGGAAGGCCUGCAGGACCUGAUGAAGCUGGACGAGGCGGAGCUGUGGUUGGCGCCAUUUGCUGGCGCGGCAUCUAGUUUCUGAGAGCUCGAUUCGCUCUCUCUUGUACUGUCAACCGCGUGCACAAAGUGUAGUAGGUCUCAGCUAGAAUAACCGGGAACGGAAUUCUUUUGUUGUGAAUUGUGAUAGAGUGACAUUCUUGAGUUGUGUAUAUUGACGGGUGGAUACAGAAUUUUUUUCCCAAUGGAUUCUUGAGCAUUCCUACU